AUGGGAGACCUUUUUUCUUUAUUUUGGGAGGUAGAUCCUCCUCCCAUACCUUUAAGUUUUUCCAUUCCAAAUCAGGAUCAUGAAUGCCAGAAGGAUGACUCUUGUGGGACGAUAGGGAGCUUCCUGCUUUGGUAUUUUGUCAUUAUAAUGGUUUUGAUGAUCUUCUCUCGGUUUUCUGUCUGGAUGUCUGAGAAUAAAAAGGAUGAAGAUAGUGGAACAAGUGCUUCACUAAGUAAAGCAAGCAAAGAAUCUUCCUAUAAGAGGCAAAAUAAAGAUGAUUUCUGGGAUUCUUCACAAAUGAUGAAGAAAUCAAAGCAGAGCCAACUUUCCCCUGUAACUGACUCAGAAGUGGCCUUGGUAAGUGCCUAUCUUGAACAAAGAAGAGCCAAGCGCCAUGCUCAGUUCCACCAAGUGAAUCAGAUCCAACAUGACAGUGAUACUACUGAAUGUGACAGUGAAGAAUCUUAUUCAGGGGCCUCCUCGUGGAAGGAGAGUGAAAGUGAACACCACCCUUCACCAGCCAGUAUUAAAAGAAGAAAAACAGCUCAGAGGCCAAGGAAUCUGGGAAGUUACCAAAUAAGGGAAAAGCCCUGCCUUCACUGCAAAGCCAUGAGAACCAAUGAAUGGUUGACACGUCAUUUCCUACAAAACAACUCAGUAUCAGCCCCCAUGAAGGGAGAUGCUCAAGAGGAAAAUUCUAUGCCUGACAUUAAUACAAAAUUCAGUAAAUUUUGAAUAUUGU